CUUUACUCAGGAAAACCUCCCAGUGACUUGCAAUGAUGUUUUCCUGGGAUAAUGUCUGUACAGUGUGGAUCCCUGAUGGUUACAGUGAGCAUGCUGUCUCGGUAUUUAUAAAUUCAGUACCGUGCUCAGAGCGCUGGAAACUUGGCUUUCUGCAGCAGGACGCCCCGCACCCUCGUUGACAGCUGUGUCCCAGAGUAGAAGGGAUGUGCACUGAGGAUGGACAUUAAUAUAACUGUUUCCUUUCAUAGCAGUUCUGAGUUAGUCAUCUAACUCUGUCUCGUGCAGGACUCCUAAUUUUUCCUCAAAUGUCAUGUAUUUCAAAAAGACAUGUAGUCUAGAUGACUUCUUUCUGGCAAUUUGUAAAAGGCACUGAAUAGUGAAUUGUAGGUGCUCUUCUUUUAGAGUUUUCAAAAGCUAUUACUGGGAAAUAAUUUUGUGCUAACUGGUAUCAGAAGCCAAGUGGAAUAUGAUGCUAUGACACUUGAGUUCCCUUGCAUGCAGUCAUAUGGCUGAAACCCAUACUUACCUGGAUGAACACAUGCAUCCAUUUGCACACACUUUCUUUUUCCUUUUGGUCUUGUUUUCUGCUGCAUAAACCUUUAAUACUGUAUUUAACAUUGUAUUAAACAUUGUAUCCCAAAAGAGCAAAUAAAUCACCUUUUAGGAUUAGGAGCUAGCAUUCUAGCUCAUGGGUUGCUUUUGUUCACAUCACGGCAUCAUUUAUUACAGCCUUGUGAAUAUAAACAUUUAACUGGAAACUAACCAUGGAUUCUUUGUUUCUAAAUUUUCUGAAUGAAGAGUGAUAGGAGCAUGAGAACUACGUGAAUCAGGCUUUUCCAUACAGAGCUUCCCAAACUAAAUUAUGCUUUUGGACCUCUAAGACAGUGUGAUAGCCAGAAGGGAGUUUCCACAAUGGAGAAGAGGGAAGGUGGUAAUCAUGCCAUUGAUCAGAAUGCAGGUCAGAACAUCAUGCCAAGAAGAAAUACAGGAAAUCUUAACUACUUGAAUGUGGAUAUGCAGGUUGCCAAUCCAUCAGAAGCAGCUGCACUUUUUGAUUUACAUCAAGCACACCAUUUUGGUGAGUUUGAAUACUCUUCAGAACAGCACUGCAAGCAGGAUCUGUUCCCUAAGUGGCACUUGCCAGUGAAGAUAGCAUCUGUGAUCUCAUUAUUAACAUUUAUUUACACUUCCAUGAGAGAUGUCAUAUAUCCUUUUAUAAGCAAAAAGGAAAACGUUUUCUAUAAAAUUCCAAUCCUUGUCAUAAACAAAGUUUUACCAGUGACUUCAAUUACCCUUUUAGCACUAGUGUAUUUACCUGGAAUAUUAGCUGCUAGUUUCCAGCUGCACUUUGGCACCAAGUAUAAAAGGUUUCCCCAGUGGCUGGAUAGAUGGAUGGUAUCAAGGAAGCAAUUUGGACUUCUCAGUUUCUUCUUCGCUACACUGCACGCCUGCUAUAGCCUGUGCUAUCCAAUGAGAAGAUCAUACAGAUACAAGCUGCUGAACUGGGCAUUCCAGCAGGUAAAACAAAAAAAAGAAAAUGCCUGGAUUGAACAUGAUGUCUGGAGAAUGGAGAUUUAUGUGUCUCUAGGAAUUCUGGGACUUGCUUUGUUGGCCCUGUUGGCAAUAACGUCAAUUCCAUCUGUCAGUCUCUCUUUGACCUGGAGGGAGUUCCACUACAUUCAGAGCAAGAUGGGAUAUUUAGCCCUGCUGCUAUGCACUGUUCAUGCACUGGUGUUUGCUUGGAAUAAGUGGGUUGAUGCUAACCAAUUCAUCUGGUAUAUGCCACCUUCAUUUAUGGUUGCAGUUUUUCUUCCUAUUGUAGUUCUGCUUUGUAAAUGCGUACUGCUCCUCCCAUGUUUUAGGAAGAGGAUAAGAAAAAUCAGAAGUGGUUGGGAAGCUAAGACAGAAGCCAAUCAAACCAGCAUAACUUCCAGACUGUAGAUCAAAUAUGGAAGUUUCCUGUCUAUGUAUCUAACUAUGCUCAAAGCCAUGAAAUUUUCACUCACAAGCUAUGUUUUCACAUUUGCUAUAGAUGUUUCUUUCUCACUUUUUUUUUACUUCAGGCGUAUGAGAUACUUGAUGCAAUUUUGUUGUUCUCAAAGACAGAAAAUGAAAAUACCUAUUUUACACUUAAAACUAUUCAGUGCUUUGGUAUUUGAUGAUUUCUUUCUUCUGAUUCACUGCUUUUAAAAUCCAAGUGUUUCAUUGUCUCAAUCCCAGUUCUUUUGUAUGCAAAAACAAACAUAAAUUAUUUCUCCAGAUGACCACAGAAAGUAAAAAAAUUAUUACACCACAGAGCCCAGGAAUGCUUUCUGCUUCACACAGCCAUGUGUGUACCUUCAUUAAAUCUCAGAAUUAUAAUGGGACAAAAACUAGAGUAUUUAUCAUCCCAUUACCUCUUAGCACCUGUGUUUCACUCUGUAGAGUGGGGACCUUGGCAUAUGAGCCAGACAGAAACUGUGUAUUCCUGCCAGGUCUUGAACGUACACAACUGAGCAAGCAGAAUUACAGGGAUCUUUGCAAGGUAAAUAUCUCCUGAGGCUUGGGCACACUCUAAAAAAAGAGUUUUUAGACUCAGAUUUCCAUCUUAUCCAGGACUAGGUGUGUCCCUGUUUACUUGAAACGAUAAAAGAUUUCCCAUUUUUUAUUCCAUGAACACAUUCUUUUGUUUCUGAUGCUGGAAAUUUUCCAUGCUUUUGACCUAAGCCUGCAGCCCUAGACACGUGCUAAACUUUAUUUGCGCAAAUUAUUCCAGUGGGAUAACUCCAUCAGGUAAAUGUGUUUUUUUGUUUACUCUAGGGCCAGCACAAUUGUGUGACUGGAAGAAAAACAUUAAAAAUAGACAUUUGAAUCUUGCCAAUGGUUUGGUGAGAUUUCAUGUUAAAUGGUUUCCGAAUGCAUUUGCUUUUACAGAAAUUUUCCUAAUAACUUUAAUAAGCUGAUUAAAUCCUACUUUCCUUACAUUGCAUAGGUCUGUGAAAGUUUCAGAUGAAUAAUUCAUUUGUUAGUAUUUCUUCUGAAAUAUGUUAUUCAGUGGUAAAUAUUUUCACCCAGCAUCAGGAACAUUUCUGCCAGUCUGCCUGCAGAGUUGACUAGGACAUGGACUGUUGAUGCCACCUAUUGCUGCAAUCCUCGAGUGAGAACUGUAAUUGGUAUUGGCUCUGGUAUUAAAUAAAACAGGAAAACAACAUAUGCCUAAAAAAAUGUAAUACACGGUGCUAAUGAAUCUGUUGUCUCUUUCUGGACUUGUACAUGGAGCAUAAAUAACAGACAAUUAAAUAGGUACAUUUAAUAUUACAUUUAGUAUUUUUCUGGUUGUUACCAUUCAAUUAUUGCAACUUAAAAGCUGGCCUUUUUUAAAUUUGCACAUAAUGUAAUACUGUGAAAGUAACUGGGGACAUGGUGACCUAUAUAAUAUAGAAUAUAGAUUGAAAUCUGUAUGAAACCAGUAAUGCAUGGCAGAGGCCAAAACCCUACAAUACAGAGUAGGAAAAGUAUGGUGCUCAAUGCAUUUGCAUUUAUAUUUCCAUGAAUGAAAUAAAUAUUUUAUAAGUAAUAAGCUCUAUGCACUUGUUACUGAAGGUAGUCCAAGACAGUAUAACUUCAUUCACUUCAACUAGUUAAUACGAUUUGAAUUGAUAACAUAAAUUACAGGGGCACACCAAUUUCAAGAUCAUCACAUACUACCCAGAUCGACCUUUUACACUCAUCAUUCAGCUGGGGACAUUAAGCACACUUCAGACUUUUCUCUCUAGCAUUGCCCAGAGGCAAACCCAGAAGUGUCUUCUACGACAUGAAAUUUACAGUCUACAAAAGCUAUUCCAAAAAUCACAUAUGACAUCCAAACAUUCAAGCAUGUUUUUCCCUACUGAUUGUUUCAAGUAGGAGUCAGGUUUUCUGUGUCACAUCUAGCCAUUUCUCUAGAAACUACCACUGAAUGCUGAUAGCCAGAACUUGAGACUUCAUAGUGAGUCUCUUAGUAACUCAGUUCCCAGUCUGCAGGCUGCUCAGAGAAGUGGUUGACUCCCUAUCCCUGAAGGUAUUUAAAAGACACAUAGAUAUGGUGCUUAGGGACAUGUUCUUGGCAGUGUUAGAUUUAUGGUUGGACUCAAUGUAAAUUAUUCUAAGAUUUGCUUUUUAGGCAUUCAGAUACAACAGUGAGGGAGAUCUGUAUAGGGCUAAGAAGAAAAUGCUAUUGACAGUAUUUAACUUCUCAGUUUAUGGCAGACAUGAUUUAGUGCAAUACUGAUGAAUCUGCGUUCAUAUGUACCUUUUAAUUUAUGUUUAUGUACCUGUUUCAAAUUCAGUGUAUUAAUAGGCCUAUAUACUAUUAUAAUACAUUAAUUGAAUGUGUGCAUUUUAGGCAUUUGUAUAACACUACAUGUGUGCAUUUGUAUAACACUAAUUAGUUUUAUAAAAAUGUGCAUCAUUAAAUGCUUCAAUGUA